AUGAAAUCUCUUAUUAUUACUCUUUUGGCUCUAUUAUUUUUGUAUUUGACGGUUAGUGUCUCUUCUCGUGAUUUAGAACAUAAAAUACAUAAAGAUUUGAGCGUGGAUAUUGUAAAGACAGUGGUUGUUGGUCAAAAUGGUGAAGCUGAUUUCAAAACCAUCCAAGCAGCCAUCGACUCCAUUCCCUCUGGUAACAAGAAUUGGAUUAAGAUUAAUCUUCGAAACGGAAUCUACAACGAAAAGAUACAGAUUCCGGCAGAUAAACAAAAGAUAAUAAUGCAGGGAAAAACCACAUCAGAAGUGAUAAUUCAAUAUAACGAUGCAGGCGAAUCCAAUGCGAGCGGUCCGAUCAUCGUAUAUGCUGAAUACUUCGUCGCUAUCAAUAUUACAUUUAAGAAUACUUAUAACAAGAUAACACCAAUAGAAUCAUAUAAUGAGUUAAAGGUAGCACCAUCAAUUAUACUAAUGGCGGACAAGGCGUGGUUCUAUGGCUGCACCUUCAUUAGUGUUCAAGACACACUCGCUGACUUAGUCGGCCGCCACUACUUCCAAAACUGUUACAUCGAAGGUGCUGUCGACUUCAUAUGGGGAGGAGGGCAAUCUACAUACCAAGUAAUAUCUUAUAUCUCUCAUAAACUUUGGUUGAAUAUAGGGAUGACCAAUAUUGCUUUGUAG